UUGCAUACUUUCGGGUUGAAUUAGGAAAUUCUUUUCAGAAAAUAGCUAUUGUUUUACAUAACCCAGAUUGAAUACAGUUAUUAGUUUAACAUAAAUCCAGGAUUUCCCAAGUUCUCAUCCACAAAGUGAGCAUAGACAUUUUGAGGGUUGUAUUUGAGACCCCAGCAACCUCAGAAUGGAUGGGGAACGACGACAUCAUGUUGUGGAUAUUGAGCAAACCUCAACAGAGCUGUUGCCCAGAAAUCCAUACUGUUUGAAUGAAGGAAGACAGUGUGGUUGUACAUUGCCCAAUGUGACCCUCCAGCCACAGUGGGUUACAGCAAAACCGUGGUCACUCUGGAAAACAUUUCUGGUGUGUCUCUUGGCCUGUCUAAUUGCCACAACCCUUGUUAUUCUGGUCUUAUAUUUUGUCCACUUUGGCAAGCACACCAACAGUACCACUAUCAUCAUUCAUGCAGAUGGAAAGUCGAAUCAUGUCACCUGCAUCCCUGAUUCUAUCCCAUCUCCUACCUCAUCAACCCUACCUGGAUCUUCUACCCCUGCGGCCACCCAAAGCUCCUCUGCCAAGGUGUCUCCAUCCUCCAUGGAGACAACUGAAAUAACAACACUGGACCAUGAAGUUAUCAUUGAAGAGAACUUUUGAGCCCUUAGCUCUCCUCAAGCCAGACCAACACCCUUACCCCAAAGGAGGCAUGUCCAGGUGUUCUCUCUUCCUGCCAAUGGGUUGCAAAGCAUUUGGCUUCAUGAGAGCUUGCUCCUCCCCCUCCACUCAUUUGCUAUAUUCCCAUAUGGUAAUGACUCAGUCUUGGGCCCUCCAGUGUUCAAAUGAUUGGAAAACAUUUUUUUUUUUUCAACUGAGGCUGAUUGAUUCAUUCAGGCUGGGGCCCAGUGUUUUCUUUCCAUCCCUCCCAUACAACCAACUUUAUUCUCCACAAAUAGUGGUUUCAACUGCUGAAGAGGCUGCCAGGAGGAUGCUGCUCUACUUAGAUCUCUGCCUGUUGGUUCUGAAGCCAA